CCAUUACAAGUCUACGACACAGACGAACUAGUCCCGAGUUGAAACACGCGUCAAACUGCGCUUCUCCGACACUGAGCAUCGUGAUUAGACAUUCUGAGAGUUUAAUACAUUACACUCACAACAAAGACAAGGAAAAGGCUUCAGUUGGACUGUUCUCUUCCAGUGGGUCGUCAGCUUUCGCGGAGGUUUUUGUCGGUACUGCGGCAGACCCUAGCCGUGUCCGUCCGCAGCACGCACUUGUUUAUUUUUUUUCUCCACAUUAAUCUUCGGUUCUCAGUCCGGCUCGGCAUUUUCUCACAGGUCUCUGCCCUUAUUUAGAUGGCAAGCUUCCCAGACUCUGUCAACGAAAAUGAUAUAGGUAAGGCUAAGUUCAUCGGUGAACUGCUGGUGCCUGUUGCUCCCUUUGACCAGAAGUCUGGACGCGAGGCUUGGACGGUAGCCUUUGCACCCAAUGGUUCCUACUUGGCUUGGUCUCAGGGGCAUCGCAUCGUCAGGCUCAUUCCUUGGUCAAAAUGUCUGAAGGACUUUUCCAUGGGCCACGGCGGCGAAGGCACCAACGCCUCCAGCCCCCGGCGGUUGUCGCGUCAGAACAGCGACGGCGGCGCACUCAUCCCGGCGCCCGGCGAGCCCCGUGAACACACCAUCGACUGCGGUGACAUUGUCUGGGGCUUGGCCUUCGGCUCCUCCGUUCCAGAGAAGCAGAGCCGCUGCGUUAACAUCGAAUGGCACCGGUUCAAGUUUGGCCAGGACCAGCUGCUGUUGGCCACGGGGCUCAGCAACGGACGCAUCAAGAUCUGGGACGUUUACACUGGAAAACUGUUGCUGAACCUGAUGGACCACACUGACAUCGUCCGAGACUUGACCUUUGCCCCCGACGGCAGCCUCAUGUUGGUGUCUGCGUCCAGAGAUAAGACGCUGCGUGUGUGGGACCUGAAAGACGAUGGUAACAUGGUCAAAGUAUUGCGUGGUCAUCAGAACUGGGUGUACUGCAGCGCAUUCUCCCCAGACUCCUCCAUUCUGUGCUCAGUGGGCGCAGGUAAAGCGGUGUUCCUAUGGAACAUGGAUAAAUACACGUUGAUCCGGAAGCUGGAGGGCCACCACAAUGAUGUGGUGUCUUGUGAGUUUUCACCAGAUGGGGCGCUGUUGGCCACCGCCUCUUAUGACACCCGUGUCAUCGUCUGGGACCAUCACAAGGCCACCGUCCUUCUGGAACUGGGGCAUCUCUUCCCUCCUCCGUCGCCUAUUUUUGCAGGCGGUGCAAACGACCGCUGGGUUCGCUCCGUGAGCUUCUGCCCCGACGGCCGCCACAUCGCCAGCAUCACCGACGACAAGUUGGUUCGUUUCUGGAGUACAGAGGAGCGUGCUCCUGAGGCCAUCGCUCCGCUGUCCAACGGCCUCUGCUGUGCCUUCAGUCCUGAGGGGAGUGUCCUCGCUGCCGGAACCCGUGACGGCAGCGUCCACUUCUGGGCGUGUCCACGCAGCAUCGCCAGCCUUCAGCACCGCAUGGCGCUGCGCAGGGUGAUGAGCAGCCGACAGGUGGAGGCCCUGGCCAUCCCCACGCCGCUGAGAGACUACCUGACAUACAAGGUCAUCUAACAACCACCGCUGACCACGCCCCCACCGCUGACCACGCCCCCUUUGGCAGUCAGCUGGACCGCCUCUCAAAAACACAAACUAUAUUCAGAGCUUUUUUCUUUUCUUUGGAGAAAAAAAAACCCCAAAGCGUCAGGACCAGAGGAGGAGACCCGAUCCACCCAAGACCCGGAUCCGCCAAAGGGUCAGGAUCCACUGAAGCGCCUGUCAGUCAUUGUCGGUCUGUGAUCCUCAUUUCAGUGUAAACCGCCUUCUGCCGCUUAAACAGACGUUUGGUCC